AAUAAAUAAGGAAGCAAUAAAACCAUCUCACGAAUCGAGAAGAGAAAGCAGAACAUUAUUGUGAAAGAAAUAAAAAGUAAGCCAGUCAUUCAAAUUACUGCCUUUAUUUUUUUCACUUUUAUUACAAUAAAUUAAUCUCAAAAAGAUACAAACAAACAAUGAUGGACUUUCACCAUUUCCCCUCUGCCACCAUGCAUCUUUGCCAAGCUUCAUAAUUAAGCUCUGAAACCCACUUACCUUACCUUGUUCCCUACCCACCCCCUACCCUUUUUACCCCGCCACCUACCCCCAAAACCAAAAUUUCCUAACGAAGAAGAAAGCUUUAUUACAGCUUGUUUUUCUAUAUGUAUUUAUAUCUACACAUGUGUAAAUAUACAUAGUACUAAGUGCAUGCAGACAUGAAUGAUGAAUGACAUUUUUGUUUUGUUUUCUUGAGCCUUGUUAUCAGCAUCUGAAUCUCCUUCCUCCCCCAAUCCCCACCACCCACCCACCUCACAAUUCUGACAACCACCCACCUCCUCUCUCUGUAAUAUCUGAAUCUUUUUUCAUAUGUUUAUAUAAAUAGUUCUUCUAAUGAAUGUGAAUGAGAUCCAGCCUCUCUCUCUCUAAAAAGAAUCCAAGGCUGUAGAAUUGAGCAAAAAGGUUUCAGCUUUACAUCAUUCUUGCAUUUUCUACAACCUUCUUUGCCUCUUUGUAAUCAAGAUCUGAAUACCCUUUUGGUCAUUUUGAGGAAAGAUUUGAUUUUUCUUCCUUCUUGCUGAAGAAUAUAGUACCCCUUUUCGUUAUAUAGCUCAAAGUUUGCAGAUUUUUUGGUCAAUGGGGUUUUGGCUUAGAUCUUGGUCCUGUACUAGACAUGGUACAACUUUAGGGUUGUUUCCCUUUACCAGUAAUAUCUUGAUUUGAGUGUGUUUUCCCCGCCUCUGUAUCUCUUAGAGUCUAUUGUUGUGUUAUAGAUUGUGAAAAUCAACAUGUGGAAGCAUUUCCUGAGUAAGCUUCCUAAGAAAGCACUGAAAUCUGAGUCAGUAGAUUCAGCAAGAGGCAAUUCGGGCCCACUCGGCCCGAAUGCAAGCCCGAAUUUGGGUUCUGGAAGGCCUAAUAGUAGUGCUCUAAGGAGGACUUCUUCGGUUGUGUUCCCAGCAAGUGUGAUUGCAGGGAUUGAGCCUUUAAUUUCCUUCAAAGAUGUGCCCAGCUCUGAAAAAAUGAAUCUUUUUAUCAGUAAGUUAAGCCUCUGUUGUGUAGACUUUGAUUUCAGGGACCCAACUAAGAAUGUAGCAGAAAAGGAACUUAAAAGAGCCACAUUGUUUGAGCUUUUGGAUUUUGUAUCUUCUAAUCCACCCAAAUUUUCAGAACCUGCAAUUCUUGCAAUGUGUAAAACUUGUGCUGUUAAUUUGUUUCGGGUUUUCCCUCCUAAUUAUCGGUCUAGCAAUUCCCACGCCAGUGAAAAUGAUGAUGAUGAGCCUACUUUUGACCCUGCUUGGCCUCACUUGCAGAUUGUGUAUGAUCUAUUGCUUAAAUUUGUAACAUCUUCUUCUCUAGAAGCUAAGGUUGCAAAAAAGUAUAUAAACCAUCACUUCAUAUUGAAAUUGCUUGACUUGUUUGAUUCUGAAGAUCCAAGGGAAAGAGACUGUUUGAAAGCUAUCUUGCAUAGGAUUUAUGGCAAGUUCAUGGUCCACAGGCCCUUUAUAAGGAAGAGUAUAAGCAAUUUGUUCUAUAGAUUUGUAUUUGAGACUGAGAAACAUAAUGGGAUUGCUGAACUGUUGGAGAUAUUUGGUAGUGUGAUUACAGGGUUCGCUCUGCCAUUGAAAGAGGAGCAUAAGAUCUUUUUGUCAAGGGCUUUGAUUCCUUUACACAAGCCGAAAUCGUUGGGUGUUUAUUUUCAGCAGUUAUCAUAUUGUGUUAUGCAGUUUAUAGAGAAGGAUCCCAAGUUGGCUAGCACUGUAAUCAGGGGCUUGUUGAAGUACUGGCCAAUCACAAAUACCCAAAAGGAGGUAAUGUUUUUGAGUGAGUUGGAAGAAAUUUUGGAAGUUAUUAACAUGGCUGAGUUCCAAAGAUUGAUGGUUCCUUUAUUCUGGCGGAUUGGUUGCUGCAUCAAUAGUUGCCAUUUUCAGGUAGCUGAAAGAGCUCUGUUCCUUUGGAAUAAUGACCAAAUUAUCAAUCUGAUUGCACAUAACCGGCAUGUGAUUCUCCCCAUUAUAUUCCCAGCUGUGGAAAACAAUGCUCAGAACCACUGGAACCAGGCUGUGCAGAACUUGAGUCUAAAUGUAAGAAAGAUGUUCUCGGAAAUGGAUGAUGUGGUUUUCAUGGCUUGCCAUUCUCACUACAAGGAAGAACAGGAAAAAAUAAACUUGGAAGCUGAAAAACGGAAGGAAGCAUGGGAACAGUUGGAGAUUGCAGCAAGUUUACGUCCACCUAUAGCUGGAAACAUCGGUGUUCUAGUAAUGCCUUUAGCAACUUCAAUCACUUGCUAAGAGGCACGUCACUCUAUUGUUGUCCCCAUGUUACUCGGUGUAUGUUCCUCUCAGUUUUGGAGUGACGGGGAAACCAGAAUGGCAUCAUAGGAUGGGAAAUGGCUAUUGAUUGGUGCAGAAGGUUUUUGAAGAUCACUCCGAUGAUAGCCUUAACUGUUGUAACUUAGUACUACAACUGUGUUUGUUUCAUCAAAUUUCUUCCCCGAAGGAGCACGGGAAGGGGGCUUGGUAGUGGGCUAACUAACAUCUGUUUCUUUAUUUUCCUUUUUGAACAUUUUGUCAUGGCCUAUUUUUUUUAAUCUAAUUUGGCUGAUAUUUUCAUCACCUUCUUGCCUGGCUUCUUCAUUGUUCAGCUUUGCUAGUUGGAUGAGUAUGUUCAUAUCAUUUUACUAUGGAUUAGAAGAAAAGAAAAAUUGAGAGGUUUCUCUUAAA